GCUAAUCGGAAUACCAAAAAAACCAAACAAAUUAAAAUAAACUGGAGAAAGUGCCGAAUUAAUUGAUAUAAGCUGCAUGUAAACCUUUGAAAGCGAUGCGCAACUGGAUGCCGGUCUUGUUCUGUGGCCUGGCCAUACCCAUUUCCUUGUUCAUGUGGCUGGGCAACGUGGCCUUCUCGAAGAUCUGGAACAAUGCCUACGAAGAGCCCCGGGUGAUACCGCCUAUGCGGUGGCUGUUUUCCACGCUGGCUCCCCUCACACUGAUGACGGUGGCGCUGCGUCGACGCUCGGUUAGCCGGUCUGGAGCCGCUCUAGGCAUUUUGGUGGCUUUUAUACUGUCGGUAGCCAGCCAUCCGUUCUUCGCCAGCCUGGUGGUCUUUUUCUUCAGCUCGUCGCGGUCCACCAAGUUCCGUGCACACAUGAAACGACGGUUCGAGCACGACUUCAAGGAGGGCGAGGGACAGAGAAACUGGGUCCAGGUCCUGUGCAACGGUGGAAUGGCCGCCCAACUGGCCCUGCUUUACCUCAUCGACUGCGGCAGCGGCGAGCGUGCCAUAGAUUUUUCCAAAGAGUACCGCUCCAGCUGGCUGGGUAUUGCCGUGAUGAGCGCCUUUGCCUGCUGCAAUGGGGACACAUGGUCCAGUGAGCUAGGCAGCGUGCUCUCCCAGCGCGAUCCCAUCUCCAUCAUCAGCUGGCGACGCGUGCCACGCGGCACCAAUGGAGGAAUCUCUCUGAUCGGAGUCGUGGUUAGUCUGCUGGGAGGCUUUCUCGUGGGCUUCGGCUAUUUUGUAACCGUCCGGUACACGGUGGAGGCCAAAAUGCUGCUCGUAAGUCCACCUCAAUGGCCUAUAAUCCUAUUUGGCGGCAUUGCCGGAAUUUUUGGAUCGCUACUGGACUCCCUUCUGGGAGGCAUGCUGCAGUUCUCGGGCAUCAAUGAGCAAGGCCAGAUUGUGGAUGCCCCAGGCAAGGGUGUGCGUCAUGUGUGUGGUCUCCGCAUUCUGGACAACCACAGUGUCAAUCUCAUUUCCAGCAUCAUCACGGGCGUCACCAUACCAGUCCUCGCUCUCAAGUUUUGGCCUGUGCGCUGAAGGAGGAGGCAUCUGUUGCAUGUUAUUCAUUAGGAUCAUAUACUCCACACACAUAUAUCUAUUUUUGUAAAGCUUCCUAACCGCUUAGCGAUUAACUCUAAAAAGACUUGUACCGAUCGAAACGAUGGACUCGAAAGAACAACGAUAAGGAUAGCCGCAGCGGGAGCACCGACCCAUACGAAGCGACGCCAAUGAUGUUCCUGUUCACUUGAUAAGUUUUAUACCCGGUGGCUCCGGUACCACAUCUAUGCGCUAACUCAUUCUCUCUCUCUCUCUCUCUCUUUUAAUCGUGCAGUGUGAGAAACCUGUUGGGUUGGUGUUGUGAUAAACGUGAGAGAGAGAGACAGAUAUAGCGGAAACAGAUAAAAUAAUUCACAAUUCGCAUACAAAAGGUCAUUCGAUCAAAAAGGCGAUAAACGAAGGGCAAGAAUUAACAUUGCAUCAUAACUAGAAGACGUGGAUUCUUUCUUUCUCACAUGACAAGUGCCAGAAAAAUUCAGAGAUAUGGGGAGAGAUCAGCACGAGAGAGAGAGAGAUAGACAGAGAGCAUGCAACAUUCAUCGCCUCCGAUACCAAUUCGGUUAAAUAAUUGUCAGGUUCACAUCUAUGUUGACUGAGUCCUGGGUAUAGAAGUAGCCCACGGCCUUGCCGUGGCGGACAACGUUCCCGCUUUCUUGAUCUUGUGGCAUCCCCCUGCGGCUAUCCGUCUAUACUUAACUAACAGUAAAAACUCUGAUAAAUGUUGCUGCAAACUAAA